AUGGCGGACAUAGUACAUCACUACAACCCCUUUGCGAAACGGGAGACCCAUACCAGGAAUGCCUUAAAUGCUUAUCGCGUCCUGGCUCCCCUCUCCUGGCUAUUAGUGGUUGUUGUCGGCAUCUUCUAUUCCAUCCACAAGCCAGACGAUGUCGCCCACAGACAUACAGUCUGGGAGCAGAUACAGAAGCACCCCACCCCGUUCUCGCAGAGCUCAGUUGUGACUGCAAUCUUCUGGAUCACUCUCCUAAUCUCCCAACUUGGAUACAUCGCCAACUUGUUCUCUUCGGAACCUGUAAAAGUAACAGCUGCAGCAAACGUCGCUAGCUUCUUUGUCCUAAACAACCUUUUCGUCUUGACUUUCAUUCUUCUCUGGGUCAGAUCCCGCUUCUGGGGCGCAGAAAUUAUCGACAUUGCCAACCUGAUUAGCCAGAGCAUUGUAUAUUGGAAGCAUCAGGGUCUACCUUUGGACAUUCACCUCCCAGCAGUCGCUGGUCCUUAUGCCUGGACUCUAUCCACUCUCUUUUGGAAUGGCGCUGUUUCUAUAGGCGGAGACAGCACGGCCAAGAGCAUCAUGGCUAAUAUUUUCAUCUGGGUCCUGUUCGUCUUUGGCCAGGGACAUAUUGCCCACAGGGGUGAUUUUGCAUACGGAUAUGCCUUGAGCUUGUUGACUCUAUCCCUUGCCCUCAAGCAGUUCUCGCUCAAGAUCAUCUCGCUCCAGUGGAUUUUCGCAUUUGUAAUCUUUGCCGUUUUCUUCGUCACGUCCCUUUCUACCUCAGUCGCCAGAUACAAGAACAGAGACUUCUUCUUCCGAAGCCUCGCGGAGCCAGCGGAGACAGCUGAUCGUGAACGCCAGCCACUGCUUAGCGAAGAGUAG